UUUAAUUUGAUUUUGUCAUGUCUAAUUCUACGAGCACCGAGUCUUCAACUGCAGUUGCCAAGAGAAGAUUAGAAGCCAUCUCUAACCAAGUGUCACCUCUUGGAAGUUCUACUUUUGAUACUGCUUCAUACAAUGAGCAAUUACGUAUCCACCGCAAACCAAAUCAAGCUGUUCACUCUACUGCCCUCACCCCGCUUCGUUUCCUGCUCAGAAGCGCAAUGGUGCAUGGCACCAAGACCGCUAUCAUACACCGCAGCCGCUCCUACAACUAUCAGACAUUUGCUGAUCGAAUCAGACGAUUGGCCAGUGUGCUGAUCAAUGACUACAAUGUCCAAAAGGGCGAUCGGGUUGGUGUCUUGUGCAAUAAUAUUCCUGCAGCUCUAGAAGGAAAUUAUGCCAUCCCAUUUUCAGGCGCCAUCCUGGUACCACUCAACACUCGUCUUGCCACAAAGGAACUCGACUAUAUCCUUGACCACUCUGGCGUUUCGGUCCUGAUUGUCCAGGAAGAACUGUUCGAAAAGCUGUCUGAAGAAGCAAAGGCAAAAAUCAAACUCAUCCUGGUAUCUGAUUCUGAAGACUUUCGGUCUGAUCCCUUUGAACAACUCUUGGAGCGCUGCACAAACCCCUUUUCGUGGAACCAACUGCAUCUUCCUGAGGAUGAAAACUCUGUCAUUUCGAUCAACUACACCUCUGGUUCAACUGGCCGACCCAAGGGAGUCAUGGUCACCCACAAAGGCUCAUACCUCCAUGCACUUACCGUGGCAAUUCAGAACAGACUGACCACUGAAUCUAUCUACAUGUGGACCUUACCACUUUUCCACUGCAAUGGAUGGGGAUACCCAUGGAGUGUGGUUAUGGUUGGCGGCACCCAAGUCAUGCUGAACAAGCUGGACUACGAAUACAUCUGGAAAUUGCUUAUCGAAACAGGUGUCACACAUUACGCAGGAGCACCCACUGUUCAAAAUGAGAUCUGCAAUCACCGUAAUGCCAGGAGAUUGCCACAGGAAGUCCGUGUAGUCAGUGGUGGAUCGGCACUUUCCAGUACACUUGUCAAGCGAAUGACAGCCUUGAACCUUCAACCCCUUCAAGUGUACGGCCUGACUGAGGUUUAUGGUCCAUCUGUGAUGAGCUAUGAUAUCAGUGCGCUCGAAAAUAUCCCCGAAGAAGAAAGAAACAGCCGCCUUGCUCGCCAAGGUUUCAACACAGUCGUAACUGACGAGUUGCGUAUUUUGAACCAUGAUACCAUACAGGAUGUUGCACCAAACGGAAAGGAAAUCGGUGAGAUCUGUAUCACCGGAAACACAACCAUGAUUGGCUACUAUCGAGAUCCAGUAGAGACUGAGAAGGCAUUCAAGCAUGGUGUAUUUUGGACCGGAGAUCUGGCUGUCCGUCAUGUUGAUGGAUCGAUUGAGAUUGUGGACCGUAGUAAAGAUGUGAUUGUUUCUGGUGGUGAGAAUGUUAGUUCUAUUGAGGUCGAGAGUGCGAUUGUACAGAUGGAAGAGGUUUCAGAAUGUGCAAUUGUAGCCAGCCCUGAUCCCAAGUGGGGUGAGCGUCCUUUCGCAUUCGUUAUUCUCAGAGAAAACGCAAAAUUAGACCCAAAGGAUGUUAUUUCACACUGUAAGAAUGUCUUGGCUGGUUACAAGUGUCCUGAGGGAGUCCGAUUUGUAAACUCAUUACCGAGAACAAGUACUGGUAAAGUCCAAAAGUACAUCUUACGAGAUGAACUCUGGAAGAACUAUGAGAAACGUAUCAAUUAAGAACGUACCAUUUAAUUUCAUUACAUCCAUAUACACACAUAUAUGUACAUGGGUAAAUACCCCCUUAAUCUUGACUCCCACUUUAACUCCAACCCAAACUCCCACUCCUGCUCUCACUCAACAUCAAAAAAGCAUUUAUUUAUUUAAAACCAAAAAAUAAAAAUAAUAAUAAUAUAUAUAUAUAAAUCUU